GAAUCUAGAUCUAGAUCUAGAUCUAUAAGUAUAGUAUAAGAAGAUCUAUUCUAAAUCUAGAUAUUAUAGAUCUAGACUAUUCUAGACCCUAUGAAGUCUAAAGAUCUACUAGGAUCUAGGUCUAGAGUCUCAGUCUGUCUAGAAUAGAAAAAUAAUAAUCUAUAUUAGAGUUUUAGAGUCUAUUCUAUUUUUUAAUCUUUUUUAUAAUAAAUAAUAAUCUAAUAUAUUCUAGAUCUAAGUCAUAAUAAGUAUAAGUAAGUAUCAUAGUCAGUAGGCUGAGUAGGGUCUGUAUAACUUAGACAUUAGUCUUAGUAUAAGAAAUCUUGAUCUAGUUUAUCAUCUCUACUACAAGUACUAGAUUUUACUGUAGAUCAUCAGAGUAGAUCUAGAAAGUUAAGACUAAUGCAGAUAUGGAAAAGGAAGUAAAAGAUUUGGGAGGACCUGUGCUGGUUAAACGUGGAGAUGAGAUUCCCAGUGGUGCUGUGCCAAUGUCUGAUAAUGAAGUCUUGGAAUUUCAAUUGAAUCGUGUAAAACACUUCCAACCACAAUCCCAAAUGGUUCCUUAUAAUUAUUGUAAUUAUAUUAUUGGCACGGCAGUAGCAUUAUCCAGCUUAGUAAUCAUAUCUACAAUGCGAAGAAAUUUCCAGCUCGGAGGAUUGAGUAAAGGAUUAACUUACGGCCCAUCAGUACUUCUUCCAUCUGCCAUGGCAGGAGCUUGGCAUGAAUUUGGCAUCAAGAAUAAAAUUCUACUUGGUCGUGAGCCUUGUUCAGUCUGCGUGACACUAAGAUCAGCUGCUUAUACUGCUUUACUAGGAGUAGGCUACCCUUUAAUUGUUUCCUUUCUGGCUUGCAUCCCAGUGGCUAGGAAAAACUACACCUUACCUUUGGCAUCCAGUGCAGAAGGUUUUGGCUAUGUAAAGCUUGUGAAGCAUGUCAUUCCAAAAUCUUCAGUCUUGCUCCAGCUCAUCUUGGGUAAUUUUAUAGUUGGCUCCUGGUUUGCCCACAGGGAAUUAAAGCUGUUUCACCGGCAUUUUAGCACCUGACUCAAAUGUUUUGUAUAACCUGCUCUUUUGUGUGUCUUAGUAAUGUUACUUGCAUUACAUAGUUGCAAAAAAAAGAUUUCACUCUUAUAAUAUACUGCCCAGCUAAGUGUACAGAAAAUGUUUAAUAAGUCGACGCUUUUAAGAUAGCAAUGGGCAAGUUUGAAGUAGUGUUAACAAAAGUGAAACGUACUUCUAGGAUUUAGCUCUUUAUCUCCCUAAUUCUUUUCCAAAGUAUCAUUCGUUUUGCUCAUUUGUAUUUCACUAUCCUGUUAUGAUUAAUCUUCAAUAUCUUUAUUGUUUGUUAUCAGAAAAUGUUAUAUUUGGUAUUAUGUGGUAGGAGAAAGCAUGCCCUAUUUUACACAACACAAAUAAAAGUUUAAAAAUCCCAAAAAUCAGUUUAGUUUAAUGGGAUAAAAUCAAUGUUGGCAUCGUCAAUUAGGAGAGAAAGAGUUAAGCCAGUAAUCUUAGUUGUACAGUUUCAAAGAAGAAAAUCUCAAACAUAAUUAUUUGACUCCCUCUACAAGCUCUAAAUAUUCAGAGAGAAAUUAUAUAGAGAAAAACAUUGAAGAGAAUAAUAUUUAAAAUUUUAUAGUUCCUAAUUGUUCUGUUUAAUCCAAGGAUUAUAUAGAAUUUACUUUUUUAGACUUAACAAAUAAUUGUUCAAAAUUUCAAUAUAAAGUGUAUAAUUUUGUAUCUGAACUUCCACUAUUAGUGAAGAAGUUAUGCCUUAUCUUUAAAUUAAAUCUUGGUACAAAUGUUUUUGAAUGAUUAAAGUUACAGUUUUUAGUCUCAUUUUUCCGUGUUGCUUACAUGAGUUGUAUUGAAACAUUAUUUAGAAACAAUAGUUCAUGUUAUCAUUGUCAAAAUAAAACAAGAUUACAAAGAGAGUUUGUGUUACACAAACUCAGAGGCGGCCCCCGUCGAAGUCGGAUCCCUGUCGGAUCUGCAUAUUCGCAAAUAAUAUUCAAGAGGUGAUUUAAUUUUGAUGUAAAAUGUUUUACACGUUUCGGAUGUUCCUUCAGAGUUGAAGAUAAUUACUUCCUAGUCCAAACCUCCCGCAGGACGACGGGGGAUGGGAGCGGGCAGGGUUUGAACCCUGGGCCAUCCAUAAAUCUGAACGACAGUCCAGCGCGCAAACCGCACGACCAGGCAGCCAUCCGAUGGUCAAAAGUAAUAAUGUUUCAAAGAUUCAUUUGCCGUAAAUUUAAAUUUAAUAAAAAAAAAUAGUAGAUUAGUUUUAGUAUAUUAAAACAUUACAAUAUUGAUCAAAACGUUUGGAAAUGAAAAUCUACACUUUUUUUUUACACUUUAAGUUUAGAAAUUGAAAUUCUACAUCUUAAUCUAGUCUAUUUUAGUCUAAACUAGAUCUAGAAAUUCUAGAUCUAGACUCUAAAAUAAUUUUAAUUAGAAUAUAAAUCCAGAUCUAGAUAUACUGUAAUAAAAAUCUAGAUCUAGUUUAAAAAAUCUAGAUUAGAUCUAAAUCAAGAUAUCAUUCCUUUUUUAAACGCGAGUCACAUAACGAGGCUUAAUAAACAUUACUAUACCGAGUUCUUUUUUCAUUUCAUUUGAAGAAUUAAUUCCAUAUAACGUCAGAGGGAAAAAAAAACACUACGUCACACGGCCUAGCUAGACUAAAAAUCGCCUUCAUCUAUAAGAGCCAUUUAUCGAGUGUUCAUAGACUUUGGUGCACCGAGUGUGUUCUUUAAGCAUUUUAUUUAAAGAAUUCAUUCCAUAUGACGUCAAAGGAAAAAAAAAACACUACGUCACACGGCCUAGCUAGAAUAAAAAUCGCCUUCAUCAUUACGAGCCUUUUAUCGAGUGUUCAUAGACAUUGGUGCACCGAGUGCGUUCUUUUAGCAUUUCAUUUAAAGAAUUCAUUCCAUAUGACGUCAAAGGAAAAAAAAACACUACGUCACAAGGCCUAGCUAGACUAAAAAUCACCUUUAUCAACACGAGCCAUUUCUCGAGUGUUCAUAGACAUUGGUGCACCGAGUGCGUUCUUUUAGCAUUUCAUUUAAAGAAUUCAUUCCAUGUGACGUCAAAGAAAAAAAAAACACUACGUCACACGGCUUAGUUAGACUAAAAUAUGUUUUCAUUAAUACAAGCCAUUUUUUCGAGGGUUAAUAGACAUUGGUGCACCGAGUGCGUUCUUUUAACAUUAUAUUUAAAGAGUCCAUUCAUAUGACGUCAAAGAAAAAAAAUUCCAUUACCUCACAAUAGGCUAGUACCGGUACCAUAAAAAAAAAAUGUCUUUAUUUACACGAGAUAUUUAACGAGGGUUCAUAGACAUUGGUGCACUGAGUUCUAAUAGAUAUUAUUUAAAAAGGAUCAAAGCCACAUUGUUUUUGCGUUUUGUCUGUCAGUCGGUCUGUCCUUUAUCUUGAUAUAAAAAAAAAUAACUAAAAGUUAUUAAAAAUUGAUUAACCUUUAUUUUACUUUUCAAAACAUCGCAAUAAUUUUUAGGUAUGAACACAAUUGAAAAGUUUAUAUAAUAGAUUGUUCCGGAUGUUUGUAUAAAUAGUAAAAGAAAAAGAGAAUUUCAGAUAAAUGUAAUACCGUUAAUUAAAUUUUUUGGAUGGUCUCGUAUAAAAAUUAGAUGUUCUACAGCCACGUGGAGAGAUUUUCAUACCUUACUUUGGUGUUUGGAUUCUGUUUUCCUUAAAAAUCGGAACACAAUAUUAACGAUAAUUAGAUUUUUUAAUGUUUUAGGUAGAAAGUUAAAUGUACUGUAAGAGAGUAGUGAGUUAAAAUAUUUUUCAUAAAAAUCCGUAAAAACAUUAUUUCGUAAAUGAGAAGAUUAUUUGUUUAUUAAUUAGAAGAGGGAGUUCAAACAAUUAUUUGGCGUUAGUAGAUUUUUAAAUAAAUUCGGAAAUUUCUGGCGACGAUUUGUAAGAAACAAAAUCCGGAACUUUCUCUAUCGAUUACAAAACUUCUAUGUUAUGUUUUACAAGAAAAUUAAAUGUCUAAAAAGUAAUUUUCAGUAAUCAAUUCUAGUAAAUUACUUUUUUUAAAAGCCUUAUGCGAUUUCAAACAAUCAUUACGCAUAAUUCAUGUUUUAUAAAAAAAUAUCCGGAACAUUUUUACAAUUAAUGAAAUAUAAGUCAGUAUAGAGAUUAUGAUUUAGCAUUAAUAUGCUAUUUACAUAAAAAACGGAACAACAUAUUAUUGAUAAUGUGUUUUUGCAACGUUUAAGCAUGGAAAUUGAAUGUAAUAUAAGUUAGAAGAGCAAACAAACAUUUGUUGGCGUUGAUUAGUUUUGCACAAAAAAAUCCGGAACAAUCAAUUUUAGAUACUUAAAACUAUUGAGAUGUUAUGGGAGGAACAUUAAAGGGUAAAUUAGAUUUUCAAUAGCUUUUAGAGUUCUAGUUUUUUAAAUCUAAUCGUGACGGACAGACCGACCAACAGACAAAACGCACAAAAAUAAGCUUCUUUUAUUCGGAUGGGGGCACUAAACAAAAAAUAAAUAAAAUCUGAUUUUUUAAAAAAGUUUAAGGAAUUGGUUUAGCACCUGAUCAUGUUGCGACGUUACGCUACUGCACGAAAAUCGCUGCAUAAAAAGUCCAUUUAAAAAAAUGUGCGUGAUAUUGACAUACAAAGUGCAUUAUUAGCCUUUAUAAACAAACAGAAAUGUUUUCUUUUAAUUUUAGCAGCUAGUUGACCAGAAAAAACGUCUUUAACUAUUAUUUGUAUUUGUUGUAAACAUUUCCUGUACAUUUUAAAAAUAUAUUUGACUUAGUGAUACUGAAAAUACACAAAAAUUGUCCAUCUUUGUUAGCAUAUUGUAACAUUGCCUCCCUUACAUUUACGUAAUUGUUUUAGAAUUGGUGUAUUUUUAUGAAAAAAUCGCUUGCAUAAUUAAUUUUAUAAAUUAAACGGUUUGCUUUUAGAAAACCAAAAGUAGCCGUUGCACCUAAACUUUUCAAGCCGGAUUUAAUGAUGAAAUAAUAUUUUUCAUAUCUCUUCUAGUUUUCGAGAUCUGAGUGUGACAGACGGACAGACGGACAUUUUGCACAAACCUAAUAGCGGCUUUUUCCCCUUACGGGGGCCGCUAAAAAACAUGCUAUAGUUCAUUUUUUAAAAUGAUUUUGAUUAAUAAAACAGUUAUUAUCAUAACA